AAAACCCAACAGAGCCCACAGAAAAAUUCCUUUUUUUCCUUCUAUAAAUAAAUAAAUAAGUAACAAAUUCAGCAAAUUAUUCUAUUUAUAGACCCUAGAGAGAGCUCGAAGAGAUCAUCAAAAUCUAAAUGGCAGCUCCUAAGAUCCCGUCGCCUGAAUCCACUUCCACAAUCAAAGAUCUCACUGGGAAAAUUCAUGGAGUUUCAAUCUCUGGCGGCUCUGGCGGCAGGGGCAGCAGCUCCGGCAGUGGGCCAUGGAGCUCUCCGGCUUCCGGUCUUGCCCUUCAUCGUGGGCAGCAUAGUCGUCAGUAUCGGUCCCCGACAGGGAGCAAUGGGAGCGAUGUAAGAAGCAAUGGAUCAGUAAAACCUUUGAAAGAAGAAGAGAGUGGUGGUUAUGGUUCAGCGAAUGUGGAGAAGGCACUCUCUGUCCCCAGCGGGUUUUCGAUGGUGAGGAGAAAGAAGGAUUUUAGGUGCAUGGAGAGGGUUAGAGGGAGGUUGGUUAAUGUUCUUGAAGGGCUUGAGCUUCAUACUGGUGUGUUUAGUGUCGAGGAGCAGAAGAAGAUCGUGGAUUAUGUUUAUGAUAUUCAGGAGAAGGGCCGAAAAGGGAUGCUUCGAGAACGAACAUAUUCAGAGCCGAGAAAGUGGAUGCGAGGCAAAGGGCGAGUCACCGUACAAUUUGGAUGCUGCUAUAACUAUGCCAUGGACAAGAAUGGAAAUCCACCGGGCAUUAUUCGCGAUGAGGAGGUUGACCCUAUUCCUCCCCUUCUGAAAUCAAUGAUCAAGAGGAUGGUGGAAUGGCACGUUUUACCUCCUACAUGCAUUCCUAAUAGUUGCAUCAUCAACAUCUAUGAUAAAGACGACUGUAUUCCCCCUCACAUCGAUCAUCAUGACUUUGUUCGGCCCUUUUGCACAGUCUCGUUCCUAACAGAAUGCAAUAUAUUAUUUGGUGCCGAUCUGAAGAUACUUGGCCCGGGAGAAUUUUCGGGUUCCACUGCUAUUCCUCUACCUAAAGGGUCUGUGCUCAUCUUAAAGGGCAAUGGUGCCGAUGUAGCUAAGCAUUGUGUGCCUGCUGUCCCUGCCAAGAGGAUCUCCAUAACUUUUAGAAAGAUGGACGACGCUAAACAUCCUUUUGAAUUCACUCCUGAUCCUGAGCUGCAGAAUCUCCGGCCUCUUCCACUCCCAGUGAGUUCAGCUCUGCCGAAGCAACAACAAUCUCAACAGAGGACCCCUCCAUCUCAAACCCAACAAACUAGUUCUCAUUCUAGCAAUUGGAGCUCGGGAGAUCAGAAUUCAAGUGGAGAUGUUUCUCAUUCUAGCAACGGAACCCCUGGAGAUAAGAGCACCAGCGAAAAGAAACAGUCAAUAGCAAGUGGAGAGAAGUUUGUUAGUCCAGUUCAGUUUGUUGAUGAUGAUUUCCCUUCAUUUUCACAGAAGCAAUCUCAACAGAGGACUCAACCAUCACAAGCAUCUAGGCAUUGUUGGAAUCCAAGAGAUCAGACUUCAAAUGGAAAUGCUUCUGGUUAUAGCGAUGUGAGCUCUGCAGAUAAGAGCACAGGUGAAAAGAAACAGUCAAUAAUAGCAAGUGGAGAGAAAUUUGUGAGCCCAGUUAAGUUUGGUGAUGAUGAAUUUCCUUCACUGGGUUCUGGUGCUUUCAGUAAGCCCUCGAGAAAACCUGGGAGGUCCUUGAGGCAGUGAGUUCUUUGCUGCAGUCUAGAGGCAAAGUUUGUAUUUUUGUGUAAUUUUAUUGGCAGUGAUUGAGUGAUGCUGAGAAUUUGCUUGGAUUCAUUUCUUGUAUCAUUUUUUGUAUGUUGUAAGAGUAUUUAGGGGGUGUUCAUGAGUAAUAUCCUUAUUACGAGGUUUCCCCCGCAUAAAAGUUUUUUUAAGUUGUGAAUCUUGAAGUUCAUAUUUCCAUUGUCCAGGGGAAGAUUUCUUUCGCUUU